UCCCCUCUGUGGCCCGCCGCCCCCUGGCCGCGCCGCCUGGCCCCAGGGACACCCCUGGCCGCCCGCCCGCCAGUGCCGCCCGGGCCGCGGGGCAUGGGGCUGGGGGUGGCGGCGAGGAGCCGGGGAGCCGCAGGGGUCCGGGGCCCGUUCGCGGGGGAUGGGCCGGCACCCCGGGCCGCGUGGGGCACGGGGGUCGCCGGCGUCGGGCUGGGGUGGGGGGAGUCGCGGCUCGAACUGUCAGCGCUGCCCGGGAACCCCCCGCUGGCCGCCGCGGGGCCGGGAGCGGGGGAGGGGAGUAGGGGAGCCCCGUGUUGCGCCGGGGCGGGGGCCCGUGGGCAUGGCCCCCUCCCGGGCCGGCGAGCUCAUUGUUAUUCCUGCGCGGCGGCGGGGGCGGCCUCCGCACCCCAGCCCUCGGCGCGGCGCGGCACGGCGCGCGCCCGCUCGGGACCCCCGCCCGGCCGCGCAGUCCCUAGCCCGGCGCCCGGGGUGGGGGCGGCGAGCAAGCGCGGGGGCCUUGGCCUCGCCGCCCCUGUCCCGGCGGCUGCCCUUCCCCCACCGGGCACCGCUCCCCGCCUCCGUCCCCCCGAUUCGGCUUCCUCUCUUACUCCUUUCCCGCCCCUCCCCUCUUCCCGACCUCGCCAAACUCCGCUCGUGGCCCCGCAGUCUCGCCCGGGCCCCCGGCGCCCCAAGACCCCAAGAGUGGACAAAAACAGCCCCGAGGCCGGCGGGCCGCAGGACCUUCCCUCCCCGGGCCUGCCGCGGCGCCCCUGCUCUCCCCCCUCCUCCACGGUUUCUCCCUCGAGGCCCGCAAACCGAGAAAGAAACAAACACCCCCAAGAAGAAGGAGAGUAAAGUCAGCAUGAGCAAAAACUCCAAGCUCCUCUCCACCAGCGCCAAGAGGAUUCAGAAGGAGCUGGCAGACAUCACUCUAGACCCUCCGCCUAACUGCAGUGCGGGUCCCAAAGGUGACAACAUCUAUGAGUGGAGAUCUACCAUUCUAGGACCUCCAGGAUCUGUGUAUGAAGGUGGUGUAUUCUUCCUAGAUAUCACUUUUACUCCAGAAUACCCCUUCAAACCUCCAAAGGUUACAUUUCGGACAAGAAUCUAUCACUGUAACAUUAACAGUCAAGGAGUUAUUUGCUUGGAUAUAUUGAAAGAUAAUUGGAGUCCAGCACUAACUAUUUCUAAAGUCCUCCUUUCUAUCUGCUCACUUCUUACAGACUGUAAUCCUGCUGACCCUUUGGUGGGAAGUAUUGCCACUCAGUAUAUGACCAACAGAGCAGAACAUGACAGAAUGGCCAGACAGUGGACCAAGAGAUACGCUACAUAAAUUGAACUGCGUUUUCACAAUUCUUACAUUAUUUGUCUGUCACAGAAGAGAGCUGCUUAUGAUUUAAAGGGGCAGGGGAGGGUGGGAGUUGGUAAAGAGUAGGGUAUUUCUAUAACAGAUAUUAUUCAGUCUUAUUUCCUAAGAUUUUGUUGUAACUUAAGGUAUCUUGCUACAGUAAACAAAAUUGGUAAUAGCAACUUUUAAAACUCAUUAGUUCUACAAUAUUGGCUGAAAUGUAAUACAGAAAAGAAUGUAUACUAGAUAUUUGGGUUAUAUUGGAUUCAACUGCUUGUAUGUAAUUUUUAAACAGCUUAAUUUUGUACAGGUUCACACAUGGCCAUUUAUGUAAAGUCAUUGUAAGAUGGCCUACUUCUUCCUACUUCUUUGUUUUAAAUUGGAAUUUGGCUCUUCUUGGAAGGGAACAUUGAUAUUUAACAGAGUUUUUAAGACUGUCAUCUCAUAUAUAUAUAUAAAUAAAUAUAAAUAUAUAUAUAAAAUAGAUGUGGCUAUAAGACACCAUGUAGGAUAUGAGUAGUUAAUGUAUUUUAUUUUAUAUGAAAUUUACUUUAAAGGUUUGAAUCAGGACUUCUGAGAACCUGUAGUGAAAUACCUUAAGCUGUUAAGUGUAAGGCGUGGAAUAGGAGUCACUGAGUGGAUUAGUUAUAUGUUGUAGACUUCUUACGUCUGCAUUUGUUAUUGUGUUAAUAAACCAUAUUAAAAACAAUCAGCUAACA